AUGCGACUCGGCAAGUGGAAGUCGAGCUCCUCAGCAGUGUUGGAUCAUCUGAAAAAUGCACAUUCGUCAUCGGCAUCUUCAGCCCUCGUCGAGACUGGGUUGCUCAAGGUGCUGGGUAUCGCCUGGGAUCCUGCCGAGGAUAGCUUCCAAUUUCGCAUGCGGGGGGCUAUCGAGACCACCACGAAAUCGGAGCCAAUCACAAAACGUAAAGUGUUGCGGGCUGUAGCAUCCAUAUUCGAUCCGGUCGGAUGGCUUAUCCCUUUCACCCUCCGCGGGAAAUUCUUCAUCCAACGAUUGUGGACGGAGUCCUCCGGCUGGGACGAAUUCAUCACCCUGCACCAAGAAUUCAUCGAAUGGAUCGAGGAGAUCACGAGGCUGGCCGCGCUUCGGAUUCCCCGCUUGUAUGGAAAACCCGGGCGAGGAGUCGAUGGUUACGAGUUGCACGUUUUCGGGGACGCUAGCGAACGAGCUUACGCGGCCGUCGCUUAUCUUCAGGCCAAGUAUGAGGACGGGAGCAGUGUUUCUCCGCUCGUCAUGGCAAAGUCCCGCAUCGCACCGAAAGAGAAAAUGAGCCUCCCACGUUUGGAGCUUUCGGCGGCCCUGGUGGCUGCUCGCCUGAGACACUCGAUUAUAGAAAAGCUGGGUGUCAAGGUUGACCGGGUGGUCUACCUCACUGACUCGGCCGUGACAUUCCAUUGGUGCACGGCGAAGGACCCUUCGAGAUAG